AUGCCUUUGAUUGAUACUCCUUUUAAGAGAGUUGCCGUUGACAUUGUUGGUCCGAUCGAACCUAUGACUGAUAGGAAGAACCGAUAUAUUUUAACCAUGGUAGACUAUGCUACCAGAUAUCCUGAAGCAAUUGCAUUGCCUAGUAUAGAGACUGAAAGAGUAGCCGAAGCAUUAGUUGACAUGUAUAGUAGAUUAGGUGUUCCAGAGGAAAUGCUUACAGAUUGUGGAUCACAAUUUACUUCACAGAUUAUGAAUGAGGUUAGUAGGUUGCUGUCUCUUAGACAGUUAACAACUACACCGUAUCAUCCGAUGUGUAAUGGUUUAGUGGAGAAAUUUAAUGGUAGUUUAAAGCAGAUGUUGAAACGGAUGUGUAGUGAAAGACCUACAGAUUGGGAUAAGUAUUUGAAUGCUAUGUUGUUUGCGUAUCGGGAAGUUCCACAAGAGAGUUUAGGAUUUUCGCCAUUUGAAUUGUUAUAUGGACGUAGUAUAAGAGGUCCAAUUACCAUUUUGAGAGAGUUAUGGUCAGGAAAAACAGAGAAUGACGAAGUUAAGACAACUUAUCAGUAUGUAGUUGAUUUGCAAGAAAGACUAGAAAGUACAUGUAAGAUAGCACAGCAGGAGUUAGAGAAGAGCAGUAUUAGGUAUAGAAAGUAUUACAACAGGAAAGCUAGAGAUAGAACUUUUAAGAAGGGAAGUAAAGUACUGGUUCUUAUACCUACAAAACGCAAUAAGUUGUUGUUACAAUGGAAAUGUCCAUUUGUAGUUUCCGAGGUCGUGAACAAAUUAGAUUAUCGGAUAGACAUAGGUAACAAUAAGAUUAAAACUUUCCAUGCCAAUAUGCUGAAGGAGUAUGUUGAAAGAAAUUUCGAACCAGAACGAGGUGCAUUGGCAAAGGUAAGUGCAGCUGUUGUAGAAGCGGAAAAUGGGUAUGAUAGAUUAGAGGAAGAUGAUAGUUUAGAAACAAGUUACCAAGACGAUAGUGACAUAUUGUUAUGUCCAUUGAAGAAAGGUUCAGAGACAUAUAAAGAUGUUCAGGUCAAUCCUGACUUACAAACAGAUUGUAAGACUCAGAUUGCAACCUUGUUAAAGAAAUUUUCUGAUGUUUUAACAGAUAUACCCGGAAAUACGUCAUUGGUUCAGCAUGACAUUAAGUUGACUACGUCAGAACCGGUAAGGACUAAGGGUUAUCCUAUUCCUUUUCACUCACAGCAGAUAGUAAAGGAAGAAGUUGAUAAAAUGCUAGAGUUGGGAGUUAUCGAACCUUCUAAUGCUCCGUUUUCUAGUCCAAUUGUCCUUAUCAGGAAAAAGGAUAACACGAUUAGGUUCUGUAUUGAUUUUAGACAGAUCAAUAAAUGCACGGUAUUUGAUGCGGAACCGAUGCCCAAUAUGGAACAGAUAUUUUCGAAAUUAUCAAAAUACAGGUAUUUUUCGAAAAUUGACCUUAGUAAAGGAUACUGGCAAGUUCCUUUGUCUGACAAUGCAAAACCUUUGACCGCAUUUGAAACCCCGUCGGGACUUUUUCAAUUCCGGAAAAUGCCCUUUGGUUUAGUCAAUGCCCCUGCAACAUUCUGUAGACUGAUGAGAAAGGUUUUGAAAGAUCUAGAUCACUCAGAUAGUUUUAUAGAUGAUAUUUUGGUCUAUACAGUCACAUUGCCAGAGCAUAUCAAUGCAUUGUAUGAGGUAUUUACCCAAUUAAGAGAGUCUAGGCUUACUGCUAGACCGUCCAAGUGUUUCAUAUGUUUUGAAGAUUGGAAUGUUUAG